AUGGCCGCCCGCGAGCAGGCUUUAUUUUCCCCGAUACGCGUCGGGAAACUGCAGCUCCUCCAUCGUAUCGUCCAUGCUCCACUCACACGCCGCCGAGGGACAAGGGAAACCGCAGUCCCCCUUCUUCCUAUCGUUGCGGAAUACUAUUCUCAACGAGCAUCGAAACCAGGAACAUUGCUGAUCACCGAAGCGACGACAGUUGCUCCCCAGGGAGCAGGUGUCCUGCAUGUUCCUGGAAUCUACAGCGAUGAACAAGUUGCUGCAUGGAGAGAGAUCACGGAAGCCGUUCAUGCAAAAAAGUGCUAUAUUUUCUCUCAGCUUCGUGCCUACGGCCGUGCAGCAGAUCCGACGGCUCUCGAGGCCCUGAAUCUCGAUUAUGUUGCACCUUCUUCAUUCCCCAUGCCGUCGCGACCAGAACUGACCCCUCGUGCGUUGACAAUACCCGAGAUACGCCAGUAUGUAGCUGCAUAUGGCAAUGCAGCCAAACGCGCCGUAAACGAGGCCAAAUUCGAUGGCGUCGAACUACAUGGGGCCAACGGAUAUCUACUCGAGCAGUUCCUGCAGGAUGUAUCUAACAAACGGACGGACGAGUACGGUGGCAGCAUCGAAGGGAGAUGUAGAUUCGUUCUGGAGGUACUUGCCGCAGUUGUGAAGGAAGUAGGUGAAGAGAGAGCGGCGAUUCGUCUAAGCCCCUGGGGCACAGUCCUUGAUAUGGGAAUGCAAGACCCCAAACCUACGUACACAUACCUCGUCACCCGCAUCAAGGAACUGUAUCCUCACUUGGCCUACAUCCAUGUCGUCGAGCCCAGAGCGAACGGAUCUGGUGACCGCGCCCCUGGUGAAAGCCGCGCCGACGAGUCCAACGACUUCAUCCGAGAUAUAUGGGGCGAGCGUCCAUUGAUCUCUGCUGGAGGAUACACUCGGGAGACUGCCUUGCGCCAGGCUGAAGCACGGCCAAAUGAGCUUAUUGCAUUUGGUAGAUGGUAUAUAUCCAACCCGGAUCUUCCCCAGAGGCUCAUAGAUAAUAUUCCUUUUACCGCUUACGAUAGAUCUACCUUCUAUGCUGGAGGAGACACCAGUGGAAAGGGAUAUACCGACUAUCCCUUCGCGACAUGA